AGAGCCAAUUGUUGCUGCUUGUUAUUUCGCUUAUGGGCGACCAUUUUCAGUCUUUCGGUUCGAGCAGAUGCGCCGUCACCAGCGAUCUUUUCGUACGCGGUUGCACAGUGCCGACGAUUAUUUGACAUUGCUGUGGAGAUGGGCCAUGAGAUGAGUGUGCUGGAUGUGGGCGAUGGGUUCCCAAGUGUGACCAACGCUUAUGGUCUAUCGUUCGGGCAGGUUGCUAGAGCUCUCAGUGGCGCUGUUUCGCUGUUCUUCCCGCAAGAACGAUUUCCUCAUUUGCGUGUUAUUGCGGAACCGGGCGCAUAUUUCGCUUCAUCGCCUUAUCUCUUGGUUACUCGUGUCGUCGACAAACGCCUGAUUGAUGCUAGUUUGCUCACUAGUGAUGAGACAGAUGCUGGCACUGUUGGAUACGUUUACCAGAUCAAUGAAGGAUUUUACGGCGCAUUCGGCUGUCGAUUAAUCACUGGUCGUAAUCCCAGAUGUUCGCCGCUGAUCGCUUUUGGGGAAAAAUUGAACACAUAUGCAGCAGUGUAUGGGCCUACGACAUGCGACACUGACGUUGUUCUCCCUUUGACGAGACUUCCGCCACUUCAGGUUGGUGAUUGGCUUGUUUGGUACGAUAUGGGAGCGUACACAAUGGGUAAUUGUGAGACGUUAAAGGAAGGCGAACUUCGUUCAGCCGCAAUUCAUUACUUCGAGAAUACUGGUUCAAGAAUUGAUUUUGUGAACUGUGAAUCGCCAAAGAGCACAUCUUAUCCUGCCAUAAACAAAGACGAUGAACUGGCCGCAACUGUGGCCAAUGUUUUGAUUAAUGAUAAUUCGGAAUCGGAGGAAAAAAAUUAA